CAAAAUACGGACGGUACUGUAUAUCACCUACCACUUUAUCUAUCUAACAGAACUGAGAACCCCAACAAAAUGCACAUCAAACAGAUUCAGGCAAAUAACUUGGAGGAGGAGGAAGAAGGGCAAAGAUCGACAGUUGUUCGUUGGAAAGUGGUGGUGGGUGAGACAGUUAUGACCCAUGACGCGAAGAGGGACGCCCAUUCGGGCAGGACUCGGGCCAGCAGCCGAAUGAGUGGGGCGAGCAGUCGCGCCAGUGGCAUGGGGGCAGGGGCAGGGAGUGGAAAGGAUUCCGGCGGUGGUGGGAUAGACCAGGACACUGGACAGGAGGACUUGGUGAGGAUGCAGGAGAUAUUCGAGGAGGCGGACGAGGAUGGGGGAGGGGGACUUGACAUAGACGAGUUUAAAGUGGCGAUGAAGAAGGUGUUGGGUGGUCGGGUGGAUGAGAGGGAGCUGGAGAAGUUGUUCAUGAAGGUGGACACCAACUGUGAUGGCACGGUGGACUGGGACGAGUUCCUCUCCUACAUGCUACUGGAGUACCUCGAGAAAGACCUCAUCAAGGCGAUGAUGAUGGAGCAGCCGUUUGUGCGUGAUGAAGUGGAACUGCCUCGGAAGCACAGCCACUUGAUAGUGAGAGUGAGACACACUCCCCUCACCCGAAGUGUCUCCUUCACCCACUCUGUCCCCAUUCCCCACAGGGGAAGAUACUACACUCUAGAUGAGUCUGGCGUGAUCAACGUGUGGAACCAUGCCUUCCACCACACCCGCAAGCUGCGAUGUCCCCCCAGGGGCCACACUCCCCUCUGCUGUCGGGACAUGGCUGUCAUGGCUAAUUUAAGAAUGUGUACUUUUAGUUUGAUCGCAGUGGCGUCUACUCUGAAUGAGUUGUGGCUGUUCGAUGUGAGUAAGUUCGAGAAGCAGUGCAGUGUGACUAGACUGCCCUACAGCAUAGAGUGCAUGCACUACCACUACGACUACACAAACUCCAACAGAAGCUGUCUCCUCUGGGGCGACACAGGCGGCAAUGUGUUCAUCAUAGCCCUAACUGAGACUCUGCUGACCAGUUUCUUCUCGGACACUUUGCUCAACUCCAAGAGGGAGAUGCCCCUGGAUGUGUUCUCCUCUGGCAAAUUCCCCCACUGCAAGUUCUACCAGCACAAGAACAUCCACUCCAGCUGGACCAGGCAAAUCAAGUUCCUACCAGGUUCAUCUCAGUUCAUUUCAUGUUCCUGGGCAUCCCAGAACUCGAUGGUGGUAUCCCUGCUUCGAGAGAACGGGCGACCUCCAUAUGUGUUCCACGUCACGAAAGGUGUGACGUGUUUCGACUACUCGGAGGAGUUGAAUGUGAUUGUGACCGCUGGAGUGGACCACAGAGUGAAGAUAUGGGACCCCUACAUGCCCAGUCAGCCACUCAACAUACUAGUCGGACACAAUGCCAGAGUGGAGUUCGUGUGUAUAGACACUGUGACCAACAGUAUCUUGAGUCUAUCUGCGGACAACUAUGUGAAAGUGUGGGACAUAGCGGACACUAAGGUCACUCAGUCAUUCAAUGCCAACUAUGUCCACUUGCAGCCCCAUGACGUCACUGCAGUCGCAUUCAACCCCAUCGACGGCAAAUUGAUUCUGGCCACUAAAGAGAUAGUGUUCCGGGAGCGAACAGGCAACUUGAAUUCCAGGAAGACAGGUGCUAAAGUGGAGGAUCCCAAGUCACAUGGCAAAGGAGUCACGUGUGUUCUAUACAACCCAGUCUUCGAAGUGGUAGUGUCUGCAGACCAGCAUUCUACAGUUUGUGUUUGGGACUACAAGAAUGGGAAGAAAUUGAUGCAGUUCAGUGGUUGUCACUUGUGGAACAUCAAUGGCAGAAUCAUCAACCUCGAGAUCACCGCCAUGGCAUUUGAUCCCACUUACAGACGUCUAUUCACAGGAUCCAAAGACGGUUUCGUGAAGGUGUGGAACUUCAACAAUGGCAGUUGUCUGGACCAAUAUGAGACAUGUGACGAGAACGAGAUAGGUGGCAUGGUAUACAUGCGCAACAGAAUUUUCACAGGUGGUUGGAGCAAAAAUGUGUACUGUAUCUUCGAUGCCAAAGAAGACGACGACAGAGACAUCAAAUGCUGGGAGCAGAAACACGUCGACGACAUCCAGUGCAUCACUCGCGUUGGCACGUUCGUCGUCUCGGCUGAUUACGACGGUGACAUCAUCUUCUGGUAUUCGGACACGGGUCGUUUCGCCUUCCGUUACAAUGUCAACGAAUGUGCCUCCAGCAUUCAAACACCUCAAGAGCUUGAGUUCAACGAAGUGGCUUCGGACGUUAUCGGGUCUAAAAGCAGAGCCGAAUCGCGACGUUCGAUGUACACCGGACGACGAAGCAAGACCUCUUCAUCUCGUGAAAACAUUUACAACCGUAAUCGCAGCUCAGGAUUUUCGCAACACAGCUCGGGUAGGAAGUUUCACAGUGCUUCGAAACGUGUUGUGGAACCAUUGGAGGAAAAGUACUGCAGUGUCGUUACUAUGACGUCAUUAAAUUCGAGGGUUCUGGAACCUACGACUGCAACGCUGCUAACUGCUACUAGUUUUGGCUGGGUGUAUGCCUGGGCAGCUUCAGUGGGUACUAAGAUGUUGGGUCAAUUUUUCGCGGCCAAGAGUGACAAAGUGGCGAUCAAUGCUACUGCAACAGACCCUUCGAAUCUGAUUUUUGUGACCGGCGAUUGCAAAGGUUACAUUAGAGUUUGGAGCGUGAAGAGAGUUGCGAUUGGGCGCAAAGAGCGAGAGAGACUACUAGAAGUGGCCGACUACAACUUCGCCUUCCCCUUUGCCCCCUAUUUGAAGAAAGUGAGUCGCCAGUUAGCUGCCACAGAGCCACUGGAGGUAUUUGCAGAUAUUCCCAAACUGUCUGUGCCGUUACUCGCGUCUUUCAAGGGGCACUUGGGAGCCGUGACUGCGCUAGACAUCAUUCCGGAGAGCCACCUGAUUGUGAGUGGAUCUAGUGACGGAUCUGUCAAACUAUUCACAGUAGCUGGAAAGAGCAUCGGAACAUUCGGACAGCCUAGAGCAUGGCGCAGUAUCAACUACUACCUUUCUGAUAGCUCCAGGGGAACUAUUCCCUACAAUCUGAAAAGGGCUUCUUCUCCUAGUAGUAAUAUGAUCAUGAGGGGAAAGAAGAUAGACCAUUGGGCCUCACUCAAGACCAUCUUCAAAACAUCCCAAAUCAGUUCAGUUAUUGGAGAAGAAAAUUCGAUGCUCAAAUCGAGAGGAGUGAAUGCACGUCGUGAAACAGAGCGGAGCAGCGACUCCGAUUCGGACGAUGGCAAGAUCCCGACACUGGACGAGGAAGAACGAGAGGAGUUGUUCAAAGAUGAUUUCUCUUUCGACAUAAGGAGCGAUCUGCUAGGUGCAGCGUAUAAGGGAAAAGAGCCGAGCAACAAGCACAAAUACAUGAGUGGCUUCAAAACGAGAGAGUGUAUGGUGGACAGUAGUGAUGUGUACCAUAAUCUACACGUGGACCAUGAACUGGAGAAGUUGCCAGAUCUGCCCAAACCCCCACUGCUCAAGGAAGUAUUGGCCAAACAAAAUGCUAUUCAGAAUGACAUCCAGAAAAUGAGACAGCGACAAGGGAUGCUCAAAGUGGUGAAAAUGACAGUGAGCAACGCCAGAAUAGGAAAAACAACCAAGGGUCUGCCGUUGAAUCCAAAGCCAGCUAAACAGCUGCUGGCGAAAUCUUUGGAUGCUACCACACUUGAUCGCUGCAUUCAAUCUAACGCCCGGAAAUUUGGCAAAAGGGCCUCUAUCGAAUGAAAACAUAUCACAAAUGCAAAAAAAAAACAGCAAAUCUUUUUUUUUCGUCAAAUUAUUAAAUAAAUUCAAAGCUCAGAUUAAAUAAUAUAAAUAUUA